GGCAAACUGUUAUGGAUUGUUGCAGGGCGAAUGAGCGAGAAGGAGUGUAAGGAGCGUAUGAGACAUUAUCCUUCCUCAAUUUAAACGGCUGUGUUGUUAUUUUUGUAUAUUUUAAUUGUCGUGCUUUGUGAGUGAGUGAGGCAACAUGGCUUCUAGAUUGAAAAACAUUUUUACGACAUUUAGGCAAUUUUCACGUAUUCAAUUACAAUCACAACGUUAUAUUUGUAAUUCGUCUAUUUUGAGAAAUGCAGAGAAUAAUAUUAACGAAUCGAAGGAAUCGUCAAUUAUGUUCCGGAAGGUAGAUCCCAAAAAGGUUGAGAAAUUAACAAAAUUGGGAAAUUACAUAUCUAGUUGUUUACCAAAGUACGUAGAGCAAGUGCAGAUAGUAUGUCGUGAUGAAUUGGAAGUAAUGAUUGUACCAGAGGGAGUUUUACCUGUUUUAAGCUUUAUGAAAUUAAAUCACUACACACAGUUCCGAUCGUUAUCAGAUAUAACUGCCAUGGACGUUCCAAGUAGACAAUACAGAUUUGAAAUUAUUUACAAUCUCCUUUCGCUUAAUCAUAAUAACCGAAUUCGUAUCAAAACGUAUACAGAUGAAUUAACUCCGAUUGAUUCUAUUUGCGAACUAUAUAUUGCUGCUAACUGGUAUGAACGAGAAGUAUGGGAUAUGUUUGGUGUGUACUUUAGCAAUCACCCUGACUUGAGAAGGAUCCUUACAGAUUAUGGAUUUGAAGGUCAUCCAUUGAGGAAAGAUUUUCCACUUACUGGAUAUUUUGAGUUGCGAUAUGAUGAUGCUAGAAGACGAAUUAUUCAUGAGCCUCUUGAAUUAAGUCAAGAAUUUAGAAAAUUCGAAUUGUCCUCACCAUGGGAACAAUUCCCAAAUUUUAGAUCAUCGAAUAAUAAAGAAGAACCCGUAAAAAAUGAAUAAAUUAUUCAUAAAUUAAAAUUUUUAUAAU